UCUUUCUCUUGAAAAUAUCCGUAUUACGUCGUUCUUUUCUGCCAGAAAGCGAAACUCGACUUGACGUCGGCUGUUUUUUUUGCGAUUCUCGUGUACCAUUACGUGUUCCUAGCGUGCUAACUGCCUGUCAUUCUUGAAUUUGACAGUUUAUAGAAACCGGUGAUUGCCCAAUUUGGCCUGUACGAAAGCUUUUGGUGUUGUAACAACAUAGUAUAACAUGGAUGAUUACCGUUUUCGCUCUCAACAGUCUCCUAGAAACGAGGCGCCGAUGAAUUCUCUUGUCUCACCGCAGAGAAAUGGCAGGCCUAUGCCUCAGCCAGUCUCGCAAGACCCUCGAACCACUUUGCCUCGACGAUUCACCACCGACUCGGGGCGUGUACCAACAUUGUCUACUAUUUCCACCCAGCGACUACCAGAAGCCCCAGAAUACGCUGCCUAUAAAGUACAAUUGCCGAAUCUAAGCUCACCUGCUACUCAGUUAGAGAAGAAGAAAAUCGAGUAUGAGAAGCUUCGAGAGCAGAAACGGCGAUUUGAGGCCGAAAUGCAUAAGUUGGAUCAGCAGCAGCGCCGGGAUGAGUUCGAUAUUGCACAGAUGCAGGAAGAUUUAGGUCGAGGAAAUGGCAUAGGCCUCACAGGCUACCAGUCUGAGCCAACGACCCCGCCUGAGUACCGAGAGACGAGCGCAGGAUUUCCUACCAUGUUUUCUCGCCCGAAUCGAUAUUCGACCCCUAGUCUUGGCCUCGUAUCUCCGCCGGGACUCUUUAACCGACCUGGGAGGUCUGGUUCACAGAUCACUUCUCCCCAGUCCGGUGUUCUACAAUCUCGCUUUUUUGACGAUCCCUUACCCUCCCGUUCCGUUCCUGGAUCCCGAAGAAAUAGUGAUGAGGACGAGAAGGAGGAGGCUCUUCGCCAGGAUCCUACGAGUCAUCGAUCAACCAAUGCUCUGAAUCGGUAUUCUAUGCCCGUUACCCGUCGAGGUAAUCUCUACGACAACAUUGACCAAACCAACACGACUGGUUUCCUUUUCAGGGACGACGAGUCAACCAUAGAUCUGAGCAGCUACGCUACUAUCGACGGCAGUGAGGACAACUUCCCCCAGCUUUACGCUCAGAAGGGAAACCCUAACGUGUUGUCUGCUUCUACCGCAGCUGUUGACCUCGCUUCUCAGCGUGCAAGUGGUGAAGCCACUCCCACCAACGGUUGGGGAAACAUCUCCAGACAUCGUCAGCAGCAAAGCCUGUCUACCUUAGGAUCUUCACAGAUUAACACUACCGACAACAUAAACAUGUCCCAUCAAUCAGCAUCGCCUGUUGAUAUCGGUACUAGUUCUGUGGGUGCUCGACCGUUCCGGCACUCUCUAGACUUGAGUCAUCAGUACCGCGACUCUAGUACUGAAGUCGUCACCAACAAUAUGCCAUCUUCAUCGAUGCAAGCCCUGUCGCAGCCGCCUAAGCUGCAGACCUCACUCUCCUCUGGUGAUGUGCCUACUUCGAAGGGUGUAUCUAACGCUAACAUGGGCACUUCCAACGCCAAUGCCCAUGCACAGCAACACUUCCAUAACCACAAUGCCAGUAUGGGCCGCAUCCCGCCUGGCGCCAUGAAGCGUCACAGCCGUGAGCUCUCCGCUGAUAGCCAUGCUGUUGUCACCCAGGGUGGUGCGCCAUACCCCUCUAUCAGUUCUCAAUUGCAAGGUGGUGCUCCUGCUUUCGGGCCAAUUGCUUCCAGCCAAGCUGCUGCCCAGUCUCCCGCUUCUGCUGGAGCCGGCUCGCCUUCAGCUGGUUCUUACCCUUACUAUGGAGGAUACAAUCAAACGGGCCCUAAUAAUAAUGGCUAUGGCAUGAAUAUGCUUGCGAUGAAUAUGCAGGGCAUGGGCCUUAACAACUACCCUUCUCAACCAUACCCAUAUAACCCAAUGUACCCAGGAGCGCCGCCACAGCAACGCGAUUCCCAGCCGCGCAUAAUGCGUGACCGUCGCGCCCAAGAUCCCGACUCUGUUAACCGCUUCGCGAAUAUGACUUUGCAGCAAGCACGAGGCACGAUUCACCAGCUUUGCCGUGACCAGCAUGGCUGCCGUUAUUUACAGAAGCAGCUGGAAAACCGCAACCCUGAUGAAGUUCGCAUGAUCUGGAUGGAAACCAAGGAUCAUGUCGUUGAGCUUAUGACGGACCCUUUUGGCAAUUACUUGUGCCAAAAGCUUCUUGAAUACUGCACAGACGACGAACGUACUGAGUUGAUUCGCAAUGCUACUGGUGAUAUGGUUUCGAUUGCCCUGAACCCUCACGGCACCCGUGCGCUUCAAAAAAUGAUUGAAUUUGUGUCGCUCCCUCGUCACGUUCAUCUGAUCACUGAGGCCCUGCGUUUUCAUGUUAUCGAAUUAAUCCAGGACCUGAAUGGUAACCAUGUGAUUCAGAAGUGUCUUAACAAGCUCAAUUCUGAUGAUGCACACUUUAUCUUCACUGCUGUUGGAAAUCAUUGUAUAGAGGUGGGCACUCACCGCCACGGCUGCUGUGUUCUCCAGCGUUGUAUCGACCACGCUUCCGGAGACCAGAAAAUGUGGCUGGUUCAACGAAUCACCGAUCACGCCCAUGACCUUGUGCGGGACCCCUUUGGCAAUUAUGUCCUUCAGUACAUUAUCGAUCUCAACGAGACUUUGUUCACCGAGCCCCUGGUGCAGCAAUUCCGAGGCAAGAUCACUGAGCUGUCUCGGCAUAAAUUCAGCUCCAAUGUGAUUGAAAAAUGCCUUCGAUGUGGUAAUGAGGAGUCUAAAGACUUAAUGGUCACAGAACUUCUGGCCCCGGGCGAGAUGGAUCGCCUCUUGCGGGAUAUGUUUGGUAACUAUGUUAUCCAAACUGCGCUGGACCAUGCGACCUAUCUGAUGAAGGUCCAACUUGUUGAGGCAAUCCGCCCUAUCCUGCCCAAUGUCAGGAGCACUCCAUAUGGCCGACGGCUUCAGGCUAAGAUCCAGCAGUUUGAUGCUCGUGGUCCAAACAUGAGCGGCCAAUCUACUCCCACUGACCCAACCCAAGGUCAGAUCUCACUUCGGCAAUCGUCUAACCGCCCCAUGCCGACUCAGCCCCUCAUUACGCCUGGUAAUUAUACUAGUGGUCCAGGUCCCAGUGGCAUGAAUGGCUCUCGUGGCAGGAUUGCGUACCCAUCCAGCAGCAACCUUUCGGUGGCCAACGCUAACCCUAAUGCCCCCCCGCAGCCGACACCACGAUUGGCCUCGUACCAUACUUACCCAGGAACGGGCAACCCUGAGCCUCAAGAGAACUUUUUCUGAUUUAUCCUGGAAACGGCGGCUACAUUUGUAACGGUA